CGCGUUGAUUCUAAAACAGAUGUGUCAGAAAUAAAAGACUACAUGGUGUCCAAAUGGGAUAUGACGAGACCUGACCUGUUGAUAUCUGUGACAGGCGGAGCUGAACCCAUGUCUUUAAAGUCAGGUCUAAGAAACGCUUUCAGGCGAGGGUUGAUGAAAGCUGCAGAAAGCACGAACGCCUGGAUCCUGACAGCCGGUACACACGCUGGGGUGAUGAAACAUGUAGGGGAGGCUGUGGAACAGUUCAGUCUUACAGCAGAGAAAGACUUCGUCGCCAUUGGGAUAGCGCCAUGGGGUCGUGUCAAACAUAGGGAUCAAUUAGAAAACAUACAAGGCACUACUAUAUCAUACGAAAUACUGGAUGGUAAAUCAAUAGAAUCAAAACCUGAAAGCUAUCUCGACCCCAACCAUACACAUUUCAUACUUGUUGAUGACGGUAGGGAAGAUUAUGGGGGAGAAAUUGAACUGAGGUCUAAAUUUGAGAGACAUAUAUCGCAAUGGAAAAGUAAAUACUGGACGGAAGAUUACCCAAACGUGCCCGUAUGUUUACUUGUGUUAAAUGGAGGUCCGGGUACGUUAGACACGGUCAAGAACGGAUUAGCGCUUCAAACUCCAACUAUUGUCAUAAAGGGAUCAGGAAGAAUGGCUGAUAUAUUGGCUGACGUUGCUGCUGAAAUGAAAGAAAGAAAUCAAAAGCUGAAACCAAAUGAACUAGAUGAAAUCUUUAGAAGACAUGACAAAGACUUUGAAAGCAAAUGGUUUAAACAAAAAGACUUAGAUGAAAUCAAACUUAAAAAGCUUGAAAGCAUUCGAGAGAAUGUCAGCGAUUGCUGUAAAAACAAGGAGCUUUUUUCUGUCUACGAGCUAAAAUCAUAUAGCUCGGAAGAUGACCUUGACUCAGCAAUACUUCGGUCAAUUCUAAAAGAUAACAGCAAGGGAAAAAACACAAAUAAACUACUCUUGGCCUUAAUAUGGGACAGAUUCGAAAUGGUGGAAUCUUACAUAGCCGAGAGUGCUAAAACAAGUCCGGACGAUGCUAUCUUCGACGAUUUGAUGAAAUAUGCAAUAAAAAAGAAUCGGCUUGAGUUUGUGGAGCAGUUUUUGAACAACGAUAACAUUAACCUAGAAAAGCUUAUCAAAAAAGAAACAUUAGCUAAAUUGUAUCAAGAGGAGGCAUCGUCAAAGAAAGCAGAUGGGAGAAAAGAAACUUCAAAGACGCCAGAAGAAGAUUUGAAUAAAUACCAAAGUGAUCUAAAGAAAUAUAUGGGAGACUACUAUCAGAUACCUGAUUUAAAAACUGCGUCUAAAGAUCCAUUCUAUGAUCUUUUUAUUUGGGCAGUUCUUAAAAAUUAUUUUGAACUUUCAAAAGUGUUCCUAAAGCACUCAAACGAAUCCUCAAUUUCGGCGUGUUUAUUUGCAUCCGAUGUUCUAUCUAAGCGUUCAUCUAAAUCAAAGGAUAGAUCUAAGGAAGAAAUAGAAAAGAGUGCUGAAGCCUACAAGCAACUCUCCAUAGACCUGCUAAAGCAAUGCUACUCGUCCAACCGUCAGAAGACCCACGACAUUUUGUGUAUGGUUAGACCAGAGUGGGGUAACACGUCCUGCAUGUUCAUGGCUGCGAGGUCUGAGAACAAGUUGUUCAUAGCAGAGCCGGCGUGUCAGGAUCUCAUCAAAAAAGUCUGGAGGGGCUUAAGCAACAGCGGAGACACAAAUAAGAAUAGGCCUAAAUAUGAAAUCGUGUCUCACUUUUGUAAAUCUGCAAGAUUCAAGUUCGCAAUGAACAUAUUUUCCUACGCGUUCUUUCUGGUUCUGUUCAGCUAUAUUCUAGUGGUGGAGCUAUCACAAAACUUUCAUUGGACGGAGGCCGUUCUUUUAACCUGGAUCAUUGCGUUUGCAUUUGAAGAGUUGGCUCAGUGUCUGGAGAUAGAAGCAGCUGGGUAUCUCUCAAUGCUAAGCCUCUACAUAAAGAAUGGUUGGAAUAAGAUGGACCUCUUUGCGCUGUUUUUGUUCAUAGUUGGCUUAGUUCUGAGAAUCGUUGGACGUAACCAUGGCGAUGUAAUGGCGGCGGCUCGCAUCGUGCUUAGCCUCGAUUUGAUCUUGUAUUUUUUUGGUGUUCUGCACAUGUACACGGUGCUUGAGAGAGUGGGGCCCAAGAUCGUUAUGAUAAAGAAAAUGGUAGUACAAGAUCUGCUGUUAUUUAUAGCAAUUCUCGCGGUAUUUGUGGUCUCAUACGCCAUCGCAUCAGAGGCCAUAUUGUACCCAAACACAGAAUUGACGUGGAGACUUUUGUUCCAAUUGCCUCGUCGAGCCUACUGGAACAUCUACGGGGAGCUAUUUUUAGAUGACAUCGAAGGACAAAAAGACUGCACCAACAACGCCUCCUCGUACAAGGACUACAACAACUUGAGGUGUCCAUCAGAAUCUGGACGCUACGUUGUGCCCAUAUUGAUGGGGUUCUACAUGAUCUUGACCAACGUCCUUCUCCUCAACUUGCUCAUUGCUAUGUUCAGCUACACUUUCAAAGAAGUAGAAGAGAAGACGAAAAACCAUGCCAGUUUUCAGAAGUUUAAUAUCGUCUUGGAGUAUGCCCAGCGACCUAUUUUACCUACACCGUUAACCAUACCCUUCACAGUAAUCCAGAUUGUACGCAGUAUUUAUAUGAAGUGCGGAAAAGUAGAGAAAAAGUCCACUGAAUUUAGCCGCACCUAUUCAAGCCCAGACGAGCUCACUGAACAAAGAAAACUCAUCCAAUGGGAGAACGCUAUAAUCACAACAUACUUCGACACGGCUCAAAGGAAGGAGGAUGUUAAAGGGAUUUCCCGAAAAGAUUUUGAAAAAUUAUCAACAGACAUUUCUGCGGAUAUUCAGAAAAAGUUAAAAUUUAAAGGUCACGGAAAUGUGAAGACGAAACAUAACAGGAGAAUCGAAAAACAAGAAUUAAAUACAUCUGCCAAUACAAAUCAAGAGACCACGUCAACUGAAUGCUGAAAAGUGGUUUUGUCUGCAAAACAUUUUUGCCUUAGUAAAUGUUAAAUAAUCUUAUUACAAACCUAUAUUUUCAGAAUCUGUUAAAUCUUUUACAUGUAGAUAAACUAUAUUUUAUAUUAGCUGGAAAAUAAUUUACCUCUAUUUCAUAUUAUUUUUAGUUGAUAAAUAUUAUUUACUUACAUGGUAUAUUAUAGAACUUUUUUAUAUGAAAAUACUUGGUACAAUCUGAUAGAACACAAUACACCAAAAUUCAAUACUUUUUUCGUUACUCUUAUAAGAUUAUGUUUUAAGACAUAUACAUACAUUCAUGUGAUAAUUUUCUCGAAAUAUGUUUUAUAUAUUUUAAGCUUUAUGGUAUGCAAACUACUGUGUGUAUUUUAAUUAUCCGGUAAUUAUUUUAACUUUAUGUCUGGAUUUUUUUAUUAUCCUAUGUUUUCAUCAGCUGCUUUCAAAAUUAGACAGAUUUAAAAAUUCAAGCAACUAUUUUAUGUAAAUCAUAAACAUUAUUAAACAGAAUACUUUUUCUCUGUCUCAUUAAAUAAUAUGAGUUCCCUUAUUUUUUUAUGUAGUAUCUGUCUUGCUACUGAUUGUAUUUAGCUGAAAUUGUUCUUGUUCACAAUGAUAUGUCAAGGAACACGUUACACCAAUCAAGUGAAAGAAUUGUGUUUAUUUUCUGUUUUUAAUUUUGAAAACCUAAUUUGUUAUAAUAUUUAACUAACUGCUCUAUAAUUGUUAUAUUAGUUAUAUCAGUUUUGCUAUUAUUACAUUAUCAGUGAAUACAGUCUUUCAUUUAUUCCUCUACAAAAUUGUAUUUUAAAUCUAAAAGCGUUGCAUUUAAAAACGAAAGACAAAAUAUCUCUUUUACAAUACCGUAAGACUGAAUGCAAAUAUUUUCAGCAAUUUACUGUGCUAAAUUACUGUUAAAAUUUUGUUGGCUACAUGCUUAAAAAUAAUCAGAAACUAACUUUGAAUUGUA